CCAAUAGCCCACACGCGCGCGGGCGCGCUCCAUCCACCGCACAGCGCGCACCACCACCACGGCGCCGCGCCUCCAAUCUCAUCCGAUCCUAUCCAAUGCUGCUACCCAUCUCCCGCCCCACCGACAAAUUCGCCCCGCUCGCCGGCCUCCGCUCGCUGCUCGUCCCCGACACCGUCGCCGGCGGCGGAGGCGGCGUCGUGGUGACGCGGACGAUCCUCGCGUCGCUGCCGUGCGGCGGGAGCGAGAUCGUCCGCCAAGAAAGCGGCGACGGCGAGAGCGUCGAUGACGACGAGGACGACGAGGGGUGCUGGGUACCGUACGGGCGCCGGGAGCCCGGGCGCCGGCGCCGCCUGCCGCCCCCGAUCCCGUCGCUGGCAGCCCGGAGCGCGCUGCGCCGGGCGCGCACCGACGACAGGAGGCUCGUCAUCAGCAAGGUGCGCGUCAUGCGGCCCGACUACUACGUCCGCGCGCGCCGCGUGCGCGGCGGCCGCCUCGUCAUGCGCCUCCACGAGCGCGAGGACGACGUGCCGUUGCCGCUUAUUCCGCCGCCGGACACCGCGACGACGCCGGACGAAAGGGUCGAUGACGCGCAGGCGGCUGCGGCGCCGGCGCCGCUGCCCGGUGCAGCUGGAUGUUUCGAGGACGCGGUCAAGUACCAGUACGCCGUCGGUAGCAGCCCGCUGCACCGGACGCCUUUGCUGAGGAUGGUCCAUUGAGAUUUGAGACACAUCUCGCCAAAGGUGAAAUUUUGUACGUAGUAGCUGCAUUCGCUGGUGCAUGAAUUGGGGUUGGGGAUCGCCGACGGUGGAGUUUUGUAGCCCUGUAGACCGGAGUAGUGGUGGUCAAUGCGUGCCUUUUAAUUUCAUAUUAGGUUUAUAUACUUGCAUUCUUGAUAGUACAAGAAACAAC